AUGGCGGUAGCAAGUCUCCCUGUGCGUUAUGUGCUCAACGAACGAGAGUAUGAGGUCCUGAGGAAAAUCAUCUCGUCUCCCACUCCCACCAAGGAGACCAGCGACAAUGUGCUCGGAUCGACAGUCACGUCGCAGCAAGACAAUCAUACUGCAGCAGCAUUUCGCACGGCUUCAAGAGCCUUCGUAUUGAGCUUAGGCUCACUAAAGGCGGCAGAGGCAGUUCUGGGACGACUAUCUUCCCGCCAAUCACCAACAGCUACAAGAGCACGAAAGCCCCUGGUAGCAUCACCCAUGAAAGUGGCACUCUCACUUUCAUCAUUACUGUUUUUCCAUGCCACUUUAUACCGCCUUUUCUACCGUCUGAGAGUGCAGCUGCAGCAUGAGAAAGUCCGACACAUUCAAGAGCGAUAUCCGAGGAUCUAUGCUGUACUCACCUCCAAAUUGGCCCCAGCCAUUGGAGCGAGUUUGUCAGGAUUUGCGCUCGGAUUAUGCCCAGCUGAUCAACUGAGAGUGACAAUAGCGAUAUACAUCGCUUGCCGUGCGUUGGAAGUUGGUUAUAAAGCCAUUGAAAACACAAGCUUUGUGAAGAAUAAGCCUUCUUGGGUUGGAAGCUGGAUUCUUUUUGCAGUCUCCCAAGGUCAAUUGCUACAUGCAUUCGUUUUCGACCGAGAUUGCUUUCCCGAGGCGUACGGAUCGUUCAUUCUGGGCUAUACACCAGAGUAUAUUCAAAGGCGUCCCUUAAGUCUCUCUUCAAAAGUGCGGUGGCCAAAAGCAAAUGAAAUUGUCGAUGCUCUAGCAAAAAUGGCUCAACUGAGAUGGCCAGUAUUUAUCUCGCCUAUUCUACAUCCAGGGGUCUCAAACACGCUUCCUACCGGCAUAAACCCAGUUAUAUCGACCAUUACAUCCAGCGCACAUCCAGCAAUAUCAAACCUAUCAUGCGCGUUGAUUCAUCCCUCCGAUCCAUCAUGCUUCUUAGCUUUUCUUCGACACAUUUUGAUAUCUUUUCCACAAAUCGCACGCUUCUACGCUCUUUACUAUGGUGCCUUCUCACUCAUGAAAUUAAAGAAAAUCAUGAAGGCGCCUCUUGCAGCACUCAAUCGCCUGUCAGAGUCGGUUCUGAGGUCAAGUUUCGCAAUCACAGGCUCCAUCGGCAUGGCUUGGGCCAGUAUCUGUUUGUUCCAGAUCAUACUGCCUCGGGCAUUUAUCCCUCAGUUCCGUUUCUUCUUCGGUGGGUUGCUUGGUGGUCUUUUCCAGCUAGCUGAUCGAACUGCAUCUGGUCAUAUGACCUCGUUAUAUACGGCACGAACGAGUGUCGACUCCCUAUGGAAGGUCGGAGUCAAGCACCGAUGGUGGAAGGGAAUCAAGGCCGGUGAUGCCUGGUUGUUUGUGGCUGCGUUGGCGUUGGAGAAUUUGGUUUACGAUUUUGGGAAAAAUACGUCUGCAAGCCAAGAUCAAGCGAUGACUAUGAUCAAGGUGCUCAGGGGUGAGAUCCAACUGGGUCUGCCAAAGAAGCAACUGCAGACUGUAAGUGAAGGAACCGCGACAGAUGAUUUGGAGAAGGCAAAGGCACAAUGA